UCAGCGAUUGGGUCAGGUUGGUUUUCUCAGCUCUCUCUAUCACUUUUCUAACCUCUUCGCUGCCCGCGCCUCGGAUGUCCCGGUAUCUCUGGUGCCGUGUGACGGGUGCAAAUAAUCAAUUACCGGUGAUUUAAUCGCGCAUAAACAAUAAUAUGAUGUCGCGGUCAGUGCGCGCGGAGACUCGUAGUCGUGCCAAGGAUGACAUUAAACGUGUUAUGCAAGUGGUUGAUAAAGUUCGCCAUUGGGAAAAGAAAUGGGUUACAAUAGGAGAGACAACUAUGAAAAUAUAUAAAUGGGUUCCAAUCUCAACGCUUGAUCAGAAGAAAAAAGGAAAGACUGUUUCUGAUAAAGAAAAUGGUUUACCAAGGAAAGGAGGAAUAGACUCAUCAAAUUCUAAUUUUGGACUGACAGAAGAUUCCAAUACGUGUUUUUCCACUGUUAGCGAUUCUCAAGGAUUGACAGAUUUCUCUGCACAUUUGGGCUUUUCAGAAGACUCCAAUUCACAAAACAGUGAACCUGCACCUAAGAGAUUAAAGACUGACUAAUAUUCAACUCACAAUCAACAUCAUUGCCAAUGUCAUAUAGGGAUCGAUACAUAGGAAUUACUAUCUCUUUUGUGAACUUGCACUUAAUAAUUUUGUGUUAAAUUAUACCUCUCUAUAUGGAUGAAUCAU